AUGCUGCCAUGGCUUGCCGUUCUGCUGCCUUUGUGCCUACUUGGCAAAAAGCAGCUGCCUGUCACCCUGACAGCUGGGAAUCCUGAUGGCAGGAAGGGCGAGAAGGCAUUCCUGGAGACCAUCAACGGUACCAAGUCCGUCGUGGUGAGCUUCACGUCGCUGCGCACAUCUUGCAAGCCCUGUGCGGAGCUCCAGCCCGAAUUCGCGAAGGCAGCAAAGAAGCUGAAGAAGAAGGGCUUUCUGUGUGGAGUCGUGGACACAGACCUCGCCGUGAACGUGAACCUCAAGGAUGUCCACAACGUGACCAGUAUUCCGAGCAUGCACCUUUUCCGCAAGGGCCUAGGCCUCUCCAAGCUCGAAGGCUUCCAGUCUUCUUCCAGCAUUGAGCAGUGGGUGGCUUGGAGCAAGAGGCAUGACAAGAGGCGGUUGCUCUGA